ACAAAGGAGAGAAUCCUGAAGAGGAAUAUGUUCCAAACUUGCAUAUUCUGGGAGUUCUGUUUCUCAGCAAGUAUAUGAGUUAUGCCUUCAACCUUCUUCUGGUUUUUCAGUUUAUCGCUAUUGGGAUCAGCUAUGUUCUGGCAGGCAGUGAAUCAUAUGCUCUCACUUCAUAUAAGCUAUGUCUAUGUUAUUCCAUUCUUUACAUGGAUCCUUGCUCUGGGAAUACUUCUAGCUCAGGUUGUUAUCCAGCCACUCACAUCCUUGCUGACACUACUGAAAGGAACUCUGCUAAUAGUCACAGUUGCUGUGACAUUCGUUGUGGGCUCAGAAGUUAAACAGGAAAUCAGCAAUGAUUUCUCCUAUGUAGGCAAACCUUUUCUGAUGGGCACUGUGGCACUGGGAGGUGUUGUCAACGUGAUGCCAUUCUUAUUCUCAGAAAUCUCCCAUAAUAAAUCUCAGAUAAUGUGGUUCCGGAGAGCUAUUAUUGGAGGUCUCACCACAUGUGCCGUGUUGAACAUCCUAUGGUGCUGGGCUGUGCUGAAAAUUGUUCCCCAGGUGUCUGUGAGAAAAGUCUUGGAGGAUGAAAUCUCAAAUAACAGCAUGACAUUUUCACAAGUGACUGUGCCAGUUUACACAUUUAUCUACUCCAAUAUCUCUCUGGAGGAAUCAGAAAAAUUAGGCGAAAUAGCAACAAUUCCACUAACAAAGAUAAUUAUCGAACACCACCAUCAGUUUGCCUGGGUGGCGUGGUUUACUGAAAUCUUCAUUGCUGUCAGUAUAACAGUCUCAUUUCUGGUACUCGGAUCAACAAUAAAGCAUACCUUUGAAGGCUGGGUGAAUUCACUUUGGAGUAGAAAGCUAACUGAAUUGUCUGGUAACUGUGAAAAAGCUUUGCCACAACUUCAGAAAUGCUGUACCCUAAAAAGUGUGGUUCAUGGAUGUACAUGUCUCGUGGCAUUUGGUAUUAUUUUUAUAGUAGCAGAAAGUGAUCCAAAGGGAUUUGUUGUAAUGCUGGACAAAGUAGCUUCUUUCACUUUAAAUCUUGAAGCAGGGCUCUUCAUCUUCUUAAUGCUGAGGAAAUCUAGAUCAGAGCCAUUCAUGCAUUUUUCUGUGCCUUUGCCAGUAAGUGAAAGACUGUUCACUUUACACUGGAUUUUGCCAGUUUACUUUCUUUUUGCAGUGGGUUAUGAUAUCUUCCAGUCCAUGGGUGAAGUGGCAGAAAGCUGGAUUCAAACACAGUCCAACACUUCCAGAGAAGUACAAUUGAUGCAAGAGCCUUAAUGCAAGAAGCAAUCAUCUAUAUUUUAUCUUUGCUGAAUGUUACUGUGAGAUAUACAGUAGAACAAACUGAAAUUAUGCUGUAUAAAUGCAGUAUAACUAUGUCAAAAGAAAACUCAGACUAUUUAAAAAUAUAUAGCAUGGUAUGCAUUUAAAAUGCAAACAGGGAUACUGUGAUGCUAUGAACAAAAGAACAUAGUUGAAUGUCUGUCAAACACUUUUCUGUAUUAGCAUUAUCAUAUAUGAUAUGACAUGUCAUUGUUUUAAUUUAUUUGAACAGAACAUUAAAAAAUGUAUAUAGUUAAGAUGUACAGUAUGUAAGGUUUUACCAAAACAAAUGCAUGAUCAAGCAAGACAAGCCAAUAGACAAGGCUGACUUAACAUUCCAGUGAGCUUUUGCUGAUUUUAUGAUUUUGCUAUUUAAAGUGUAACAAAACUAGAAAAUUAAGUCUACUAUGAAUAAACCAAAAUGAUUGAUUUAAACAGACAUAUGAUCAUUAUCAUACAUACAUAUUUUGACUACAAAUGGAAAGUUCAAUCUUGUUCCAUUCUGAUGCUUAGGAUGACCUUCAUCUGUGAGUCACAGCAUCUUGAACAAUUCUGUAUUUACUUGUUACAGUACAAGUGAGGUCAUUCAUAAUAAAAGGAUCGUUUUAUCAAGGGCUGUAGUGAUAUUUAUAAACCAGAAGAGUAAAGUUCAAAUACGUUGAGUCCCGAGAUAAAAUUGCCAUUGUAGUUUUGUACUUUCUGUUGUAAUAUAUAGAGGUAAAAUGAGUAAAACAGAGAUAGGACGUAACAUUGUUUUUAAUGUAUUUGAACAGAACAUUAAAACAACUUGAAACCUUUUUCAACAUACAGAUGGGGGUAUCUGUGUCAAUUUAUGUAGCUGUCAAUACUCUUCCAUUUUUCCUUCAGACUGACGGGAUGAAUUGUGCCAAGAUGAGGUAAGUGGUAUUUUGCAAUGUCCCCCAACUUAAUUCAGGAAACCUUAAUUUUUUUUUUUCAGACAUUUGUCAAAGUCUCGUGACGGUUAAGAAGUAAAUCAGUAUGAUAAACACUAUAGGCAAAUUGAGCCAGCCUUGCUGGAAGACCGGCUGAUUAACGUGGGCUCAUACCACCCUUCAGAACCAGUUGAAGCUUUGGGAGACAAUAGGAGUGCAGUGUCAUAAGCAUGUGCAGUAUCGUCGUGGACACCCGGGAAUGUCCUACAAAGAAAAGCUUUACAAGGACAAGAAAACAAAGGCGCAGUGCACUAAGUACAAAGCUUGGCUGUGUAUCAAGAGCAGUUUGGAUGACUAGAUCUGACGGCACACUGAAAGUGCUGGAGGGACUAGAUUUCAGGCGUGUACUGUAACAUUUACCUUGAAAUAUAGAUUUACAAAUGCAAUGCAUUGUCUGCCGGAAGUGAACAGGAACUUAAAACUUGACUGUGGAACUGUCAAAUUCAGGAACAUAUUGAGUAAAUAACAGGUUAGUGAUUCAUGCUUUUAAAGAUACAUUUCUGAGACCAUUAAAAUCAGCAAUAAUUAUACUGGCUGACUAAAGGUAAUACAUUACCCAAUGUAAUUGUAUGCAAGUAGAGAUGAAUUAAGGUAAUAAAAAAAAACAACCACAAGGAUAAUAUCAAAAUAUAUUUUAUUCUGGACCUCUUCAGAUCUGAUUCAAAUUAUAACCGUCAGAUCAAUACAAUGCAAAGGGAAUCUAAAACAAAAAGAUUUGAUUUUAAUAAUAGAAAUCAAAAUAGUUGGCUUGGGCAAUUUUUUAUGCAAUGUAGAACCCAAAUGCAUUAUAGAAUGUGGUAUUUACAUGGUCCAGGACAUUAUGGUACUUUUAACUGUCUCUCUUUUCUUUUUUGCUUGAACAGCAACAAAGAAAUAAGAAACUAGAAAACAAUUUAAAGAGUACAAAAACUGUUACGGGCUGGUGUUACACACCAUUGGUAGAGAAUAGGAAAAAAAUAUACUUCAGGGCAGGUUCUCAAACACAAAACAAAACUAAAAACUGAUUUAUAAAAUACCAUUCUACUGUCACAGGUGCUACUUAAAUUAACUACAGUGUCCUGCAGUUCAAAUGUAUAAGCUGUAAACUAUAAAAAAAAGAAUGUAUACACUCAGUCUGUACAACAAUUUAUAUAAAUGUGUAUUUAAUAACAAAAGGCUUUUAUAAAUAUUUUUUGGUAAUUUUUUUUUGUGCUCAGCAUGUAUAAAGGACUAGGUGCUAGACAGUUUAAGGUCAGUUAUGGUAUAGGAGUUCAACCGGACCACUUUACACCAUUCAGAUACAUCGAUCUAUAUACUGUGCAUUUCAUAUUCUAUGCCCCAAAUCUUUUUAACCUGAGCUGAGACUGUCUAAUUUAGUGUUCAUUGUUAUUACAUUAAAACCUGUCUAUCAAAACUGGAUUACAACCACUACGGUAUUACUCUUUUUUCACAGAUGUCUUAAGACUAAUGGAUACCAGAAACUUCAAGGCUCUUUGAUGCCUCUAAUAUGUAACCAGCAGCUAGAGUCAGUUGCUUACAGCAUGGGAGUGACACAUUUGACUAACACCCAGGUCUUUUUUAAAUUAAAGUUCACAUGCAAACGCAAAUUGAUAAGUACACAGAGUAAGGCGUUUAAGCAGGAUACCAACAGCAGAUAAUAACUGCAUCUGGCUCUCCUCCUGAGACACAGUCUUGUCACAAGCAGUAUAAAUAUAGUUUGUUAUACUUGUAUCUAUAUUUCUGUUACUUUCCAUUCUACUUAUGUUGCCACAUAGGUAAAACCGGCUUCUUUUUUUUUUUACAUCAUUUUCAAAAAUAAAUAAAAUAAAAUAAACUUGUGGGGUACUUAAUUUUACUAUGACUGUCGAAUGGUAUUUUAUAAAAGACACUGUCAUUUUUGUGAU